AUGAUAGACACACUCUCCAUCCGCAACAUUGCCCUCAUAGAUGAACUUGACUUGGAAUUGGCACCAGGCCUGAACAUCUUUACUGGUGAGACGGGUGCUGGCAAGUCGGUUAUCAUCAGGUCAAUCGGAUUGGUAUUAGGUGAGAGAACCUCCGCUGAUAUUGUCCGUGAAGAUGCCGAUUUUGCGGAGGUAGAGGCGAGCGUCGCACCUGACGAUGAGCAUCCGAUCUGGCACACAAACUGGGACGAAACUGCCGAUCCGAUGUUGAAAGAUUCUUUUAGCGAUGUAUUGGAUCCAUCGGACGCAGUGAUUCUCUCCAGAAGAAUCACAUCGAACGGUAGGAGUCGCUGCCAAGUUAAUGGACGCUUGGUGAAUUUGAAGCAGUUGCAAGCACUCGGAACAUUACUUGUAGAUAUCCACGGUCAACACGAACAUCAAUCGUUAUUUAGAACACAAACGCACCUUAAGCUCUUAGACGAUUUCGGCGACAACAGUGAGGCACAACGAUACGUUAGCAAGAUAUACGCACAGUUACGAGCCUUACAACAAGAAGCAGCGUCCCUCGCGGAGACCUUGAAAGCAUCAGAACGGGAAAAGGAACUCCUUGAAUUUGAAAUUAAAGAACUGACUUCGGCAAAUCUGGAGGAAGGCGAGGACGAAAAAUUGGCGGAUGAGGCGCGUAUCCUUAAGAACGCAGAGGCGUUGGCUAAGUCCGCGAAUCGUGUGUAUCAGCAAUUAAAUGCAGACAGUUCCGGGAUGGGAAGUUCUGGCAGCCCGCUUGAACGCUUGAGAGACGCCGCGAAGGAAAUGAUAAAAUUGUCCGAAAUCGAUGAUAGCCUCUCGGAAUUGGGGGAUCGGUUGGACUCAUCGCUUUACGAAUUGGAGGACAUCGCUUCACAGGUCCGGCACUAUGGAGAAGCGGUGGAAUCUAACCCAAUGCGGUUGGACGAAGUGACCGACCGGUUAGCGUUGAUUGCGAAACUCAAACGGCGUUACGGGAACUCUAUUCCAGAGAUAUUGGCUUAUCAGGCGGAUGCAGAGGAAAAAUUAGAGACGUUACAACUCGGCACAGAGAAACAGAAUUUGCUGCAGACGGAGAUCCACAAAACGAUUCAAGAAGCACAGGGUCUAUGCACUACGCUCUCCGCGAAACGGCAGCACGUUGCUAAGCACCUUUCAGAACGGAUCGAAAAGGAGCUACGUACACUCGGUAUGGACAAAGCGGAAUUUCAUGCAUCCGUUCGGCAUAUACCGGAUGACCGUGGUCCGUUUCAGAUAGACGGGAAACGCUAUGCAUUCCGCUCUGACGGGAUGGACGAUGUAGAGUUCUUAAUUGCGCCGAAUGUAGGAUCCGAAGCGCGUCCGAUCGCCAGAAUCGCAUCAGGUGGUGAAAUCUCGCGUAUCAUGCUCGCGUUAAAAACAGUGCUUGUUCAAGCUGAUGAGAUUCCUACACUGCUCUUUGACGAAAUCGACAGCGGUAUUGGCGGCAAGGUUGCAGACGUAGUUGGCAAAAAGUUGAAGGAACUCUCAGCAUUUUCACAGGUUAUUUGCAUUACACACUUGCCACAGAUUGCCCGUUUUGCAGAUAGGCAUUUUCGGGUAGAAAAGAAGGUGAUUGGUGAGCGUACACUGAUUACGGCGAAACCGUUGACCGUAGAAGAACAGGUUAAUGAAAUCACCCGAAUGCACGGCGGUGAAGAAACCGAAAUAGGACUCGCACAUGCACGAGAAAUGCUGUCCGAAAAACAAGCAAAGUGUUAUCCCGGUUCCCCAAUCGCUGAGGUAUUUGACAUUAUCGAACAAAAUGCCGAGUUGUUGAAAACCAACGGCAUCGUCGCACAGAUAGCCAACAACGAAGCAUUGAGUAUCGCACGUCUCAACGGUUCGCAGAUGGCUGAUGUCCGUGCGAUUACGUUUAUGAAAAGCGUCGGCUUCCAUGUCGCUUCUGAUGCACUGGCGAUUAGUAACCUUGCAGGAACAACCGGUGGUGCCGUUGUGGUCGUUGGUGACGACACAUGGUCGAACAGCACGCAGGCGCCCGCUGAUUCCCGAUUUUUGGCGCGGCAUGUCCAAACACCACUUAUUGAACCUGGGACAUUUCAGGAACUUAAGGAUUGGAUUAACUGUGCCUUCCAGAUCUCUGCAGCAUCGAACCUCUAUGUCUGCUACUUAACUACCGAAAAUCAGGCAAGCGGAGGUGGCGAUGUUGAACUCUACCCUAAUAUCUACCCCGAAAUUAGCAACUUGAAGCAAAUCAACUUGGAUACCCAACUCAUCAAUGCUGAUAAACGGGUUGUUUUACCGCCACAUACUGCACAGAUCGAAGUGGAGACAUUGAGAGAACGGUUCCCCACCGCACUUGAGACAGCACGGAACCUCGGACUCAACACAAUCCAGUUCAUGGGUAGGGACGAGGUGACCUCGCCUGUACGGAAGAAGCACCGUCUUGGAUUUGUCAGUGCGGGUUUAGCUUAUAGCUGCCUCCGCCACGCACUCGGGGAAUUGCGGUUGGACGGUGAGAUCCCGAUUCUCAAACUUGGUAUGACGUACCCUAUUGAUAUGGACAUCGUCAGAGAGUUUGCUGCACAGGUUGACGAAAUCUACGUCAUUGAGGAAAAACGUCCCCUUUUAGAGAACGAAAUAAAAGCGUUCAUCACCCAUGGGUAUCAGAAUGGAGACAUGGAUCGAUACGUAAAUGUGUGGGGCAAACAAUUUCCCGACGGCAUGGCAGGAAUCCCGGUAACUUCUGGCUUAGAUGCCUCCAUUCUUAUUCAAAAACUCAUCCCACUUCUCAAACAUCUCCUCGGCACAGGAGACGCAUCUGCUGUAAACGCAGCAACCCGUCACAAUCCAAAAAUCGAUCUGGAACAUUUCUCACGUGAAGAAACACUCCAAAAACAGGUAUCCGAACAGCAAAUCGACAUUCCACAACGGACACCUACCUUUUGUCCGGGCUGUCCUCACCGUGAUUCUUCGAGCGUCUUCCUUGAAAUUACGAAGCAAUUCAUGGAUGUAGACUAUAUGAAGAAGCAUCAUGAUUUGGGACCAAUUGAUCUCGUCUUUCAUGGAGAUAUCGGUUGCUAUUCAAUGCUCAAAUAUGAACCGUUUCCGCGUCUCAUGCACAAUCUUUCUGCGAUGGCGUUAGGUGGUGGUGCGGGGGCUGGUAUCGACCCGUUUAUCAAAAACAAGCAGGUCGUUUUCAUGGGGGACUCAACCUUUUUCCACGGCGGGAUGGCAGCGAUUUCGGAUUCAAUCAAAAACAAUCAAGACAUCGCCUACAUUAUUUUAGACAACCAAACAACAGCAAUGACGGGACAUCAACCGACCCCUGCUGAUGAGAUUGACAUCCUCGGGAAUCCGACGUUCGCACAAGAUAUUGAACGAGUGGCACAAGGACUCGCCGGCGAUUCCGAAAUAGAAAUAGUGCGCACCAACCCGGAAGACAGGGUAAACUACAAAAAAUAUCUGGAGAAAACUAUUCUCAAACCCGGCAUCAAAAUUAUCAUUGCUGAUAAAGAGUGUGCGAUUACCUAUCAUCGUCGGGUCCGACGUGAACAACGGAAAACGAUAACUAAAGAUGGUUUUCUAAAACACGAAAAGCAUAUCAAUAUAACCCCUGAGGUCUGUGAGUUUUGUCGAGAAUGCACCACUGUGACGGGAUGUCCGGCUUUAAAAAUAGUUGAUACCGAUUAUGGUGAGAAAAUCGCCAUCGAUCAGUCAAAUUGCGUCUCCGAUGGUGCCUGUGCCCGGAUUAAAUACGCAUGCCCCGCGUUUGAAGAGGUUAUCGUCACACGCAAACGUCCGCCUCAAAAGCAAAUAACAGAAUUCGGCAACCGUGCACUCCUGAGUGAUGAACCUUUACCACCACCACCACCACCGACGUUCGAGCGGUGUUGGAACAUGUACGCCGCAGGUGUUGGUGGCAUGGGGAUUGGGACGAUGUCAAAAGUUCUCGUUGUUGCAGGCUAUCUUCAGGGCUACAACGUGACCUUUUGCGAUAGGAAAGGAUUGGCAAUUCGCAAUGGCAGUGUCUAUACACACAUAGCGUAUACGCAAUCGGAUGUUCACGUUUCCCCAAUGAUUCCUUAUGGUAAGGCGGACCUCCUAUUAGGACUUGAUAUUUUAGAAGCGGUCCGUGGGAUUACUGCACAAUCACUCUUCCGCAUCGCAUCACCGAAUCGAACCACUGCUGUGGUGAAUACAGCGAAAACUGAAACGAUAACCACUCUCAUCGGCAAAGACAAUUUCAACCCCGAGACACUCGAAGAAGAACUUCAGACGUAUACUAACGCCGACACAUAUUUUGGGACGGAUCUAUUUACAGUCUCUGAGCAAUUGUUCGGCAACAAGUUGUAUGCGAACAUGAUGCUCCUUGGUACCGCUUUCCAACGGCAAUUGAUACCGCUCGAAUUGGAACCGCUCCAAUUGGCACUUAAGCAGAUGGUGCCGCAUGCCGAUUUGGAUACCAAUAUGAAAGCGUUCACCGUCGGACGUCGCCUCGCAUUAGAAGACACUAAAUCUCUUGUGGGUACACGUUCAGAAAAGCCUCUGGCAACUUACGCCGAAAUGCUUUCCGCGAAACAACAGAUAUUGGAAAAAAAACGCAAUCGGAAACGUUUAGCGCGAGAAUACGUAACAUUUGUUGAGAGUACCGUAGAGACGCUCAAUCUUGAUUCAGACAGCAUCCACCGAACACUCGCACUCUAUAUCUAUGAUUUGAUUCAGUUCGAGGAUAUCAACUACGCCCGGGUAUACGUUGAAAAGAUUAAACAGGUGCGCGCAUACGACUCAGAAGUGUACGACUAUCGUGCCACAAAAGCUGCGAUUCGCUAUCUCCACAAGGUGAUGCUAAUCAAGGACGAGGUCUACGUCGCACAUCUGCUAACGAGCGAAGAAAAAUUGCAGCGGGAUCAGGAAUUGUACAAGGUUGACACAGCAAACGGUGAUAGGAUUAAAUAUGUCCAUCUCAAUCGUCCCCACUUUACCGUGAUGGGGCUUGACUUUGAAGGCGACAUUGACACACGAAAUUGGCAAUUGCAUCUGAUGAAACGGAUGAAGUUUCUAAGACGUUGGCUUCCAGGGUGGCACGCCAAGGAAAAAGCGUUCCGAGAGUGGUAUAUUACCCGCGUGAUCGACACCUUCUCACCAACUGACGCUGAGACGUACGAAAAGCAUCUCCAAGCGUUAGAAUGUGUGGAGGAAGUCCGUGGCUAUCGAGACAUUCGCUAUCCGAAAAUGGAAGCGGCGAAGCAGACAGUUAAAGGCUUACUUGAAGAAUAA